GCCAGGCUUUGCACAACCGCCCCCUUCCCAGGAUGUGGUCUCUUAGAUCUGUUUGACACGCAAAGUUUCCACGUGAGUUCAUUUCAGCAAAGGCUCCUCAGCUACAGAAGCAGUGGGGAAACCCCCCCGUCCGGUCGCGCCUCCACAUCUAACAAAUGAGGAAACUGAGGCACAAAGGGGGGCGGGGGCUUGCUCAAAGUCGCAGGGCCGGUCAGAGUAGAGCCCUUAGAGCCAGAGACAGGAUGAAGAGGCAGGAGGCAGGGGCAUCAGGACCUCUGCAGACAGACCUGAGUCGGCCUCUGCUCUGCUCAGCUGCGUGCGAGCCCGGGGCAGUGACCCACCUCCCGGAGCCUCAGUUUACCCGUCUGUCAAGGGUGAGGACGUUGGUACCCGCUCUAGAGGACUGAUGGAUGGGAGCACACAGGUGGUGGUCAGGAAAGGUCGACUGUGCCUCCUGAGAACUCGCCUGCCUCGGGCCCCAUGGGCCUGUUCCAAGGGGUCAUGCAGAAAUACAGGAACUCCCAGCUGGCGCCUGUGGACCCGGUGCUGAAGGCCAUCAAGGAAGGUGACGAAGAGGCCUUGAAGGCUAUGAUCAAGGCAGGCAAGAACCUCGCAGAGCCCAACAAGGAGGGCUGGCUGCCGCUGCAUGAGGCGGCCUACUACGGCCAGCUGAGCUGCCUCAAGGCCCUGCAGCAAGCAUACCCUGCAGUCAUCGACCAGCGCACCCUGCAGGAGGAAACGGCCCUUUACCUGGCGACGUGCAGGGGACACCUGGACUGCCUCCAAUUCCUCCUCCAGGCUGGCGCCGAGCCUGACAUCUCCAACAAGUCCCGAGAGACCCCGCUCUACAAAGCCUGUGAGCGCAAGAACGCGGAGGCGGUGAGGAUGCUGGUGCAGUACAACGCGGACACCAAUCACCGCUGCAACCGAGGCUGGACCGCUUUGCACGAGUCUGUUUCUCGCAACGACCUGGAGGUCAUGGAGAUCCUGGUGAGCAGAGGCGCCAAGGUGGAAUCCAAGAACGCCUAUGGCAUCACCCCCUUGUUCGUGGCCGCCCAGAGCGGGCAGCUGGAGGCCCUGAGGUUCCUGGCCAAGUACGGCGCCGACAUCAACACGCAGGCCAGCGACUGCGCGUCCGCCCUCUACGAGGCUUGCAAGAACGAGCACGAGGAUGUGGUGGAGUUUCUGCUGUCGCAGGGCGCCGAUGCCAACAAGGCCAACAAGGACGGCAUGCUCCCGCUGCACAUCGCCUCCAAGAAGGGCAACUACAGGAUCGUGCAGAUGCUGCUGCCGGUGACCAGCCGCACGCGCGUGCGCCGGAGCGGCAUCAGCCCGCUGCACCUGGCGGCCGAGCGCAACCACGACGCGGUGCUCGAGGCGCUGCUGGGCGCGCGCUUCGACGUGAACGCGCCGCUGGCGCCCGAGCGCGCGCGCCUCUACGAGGACCGCCGCAGCUCCGCGCUCUACUUCGCCGUGGUCAACAACAACGUGUACGCCACCGAGCUGCUGCUGCUCGCCGGCGCCGACCCCAACCGCGACGUCAUCAGCCCCCUGCUCGUGGCCAUCCGCCACGGCUGCCUGCGCACCAUGCAGCUGCUGCUGGACCACGGCGCCAACAUCGACGCCUACAUCGCCACGCACCCCACCGCCUUCCCCGCCACCAUCAUGUUCGCCAUGAAGUACCUGUCGCUGCUCAAGUUCCUCAUGGACCUCGGCUGCGACGGCGAGCCCUGCUUCUCGUGCCUGUACGGCAACGGCCCGCACCCGCCCGUCCCGCCGCCCUCCAGCCGCUUCAGCGACGCGCCCGCCACGGAUAAGGCGCCCGGCGUGGUUCAGUUCUGCGAGAUCCUGUCUGCCCCGGAGAUGAGCCGCUGGGCGGGGCCCAUCAUCGACGUCCUCCUGGACUACGUAGGCAAUGUGCAUCUCUGCUCGCGGCUGAAGGAGCACAUCGACAGCUUCGAGGACUGGGCUGUCAUCAAGGAGAAGGCAGAACUCCCGAGGCCCCUGGCUCACCUGUGCCGGCUGCAAGUGAGGAAGGUGGUUGGAAAGCACCGCAUAAAACUCCUGGAUGCGUUGCCCCUCCCGGGCAGGCUGAUUCGGUACCUGAAACACGAGAAUACCCAGUAACCAAGGCCGCGUGGAGGAGUCGCUCCUCGGACUGUCACUAAGCCUCAGGACAGCCGUGUCCCCAAAUCCCAGGGGGCCUGAUGACAGAACGAGGCCGUGGGUUGGCCUCCGUGGCAGCUGGGGCAGCUGCCGUGACCUCACCAGGUCUCUGGGCCAGAGCUUUGCCCGGACCAGAGAACACAACAUGUCAAGUGGGAGAAAAACCCGUGUUUGUUUUCAACCUGAUGAGUAGAGCCCACUUUCUCUGCCGUUGGGAAUGGCAGAGGCUCCAAGGGCAGAAGUUGUGGGGGGGCGGCAGGUGGGAGCCUGCAGGGCAGCCGCAGCCCUGCCCCCGACGCUUUCAGGGAUGAGUCUGCCUUUCGGAGACAACCUGCCACCAGGCUGUCCCGGUCCCCUCCCACUUUGUCUGUAAAACUCUCCACUUGACUCCUGAGCUUUUUUCCUGGAGGUGUGAUCCGGCGGGGGUGGGGGUGGGUACUUGUCAAGUACAAUAAAUGUUGCACAGAUGACA